AUGAAUAAACUGGAAUUUAAAAUUAUUUACAAAGAUGGGAAAUAUUGGUUUGACGAAAAAUUUCCAAAUCAAUUAAAUGGGGUAAUAACUCCACAAGAAUAUUCAAUGAUAAUAAAUGGACUUCACUCAAGAUUAAAAAGUGUUUCUUUCUUUAUUUAUUUAUUAUUUGCGUUGGUUUCUUGUCUUCUUUUCCUAUGUAAACUUUUCAACUUGAAUUUUGUCCCUUUUAUAACAAUUAUUAUAUUAACAUCAGUAAUUGAUUUAGCACUUAUUAUAUAUUGCAUAGUAUUUGUUGCAUAUCAAAAAAAGGGAUAA